GUGAGCGGAGAGGCAGUAGGUGCUGGCCGCAGUUCUGUUGGCUGAGGUGGUGAGUUUGCAUAGCCUUGGGCUAACAGCCAAAUUUCCUCAGCAGCAAAUGCAGUUUGCAGGCCAACAGGACGCUCAGAGGCAGAGUGGGAGCGCCUUUAGGCCAGCCACGCUGCCAUCUCCAACUCCACCCUCUCCUAUACCUCGUCCUCUUCCUUCAGUCUCCUUGGAGAAGCAGCGGACUGAGCUUCGCCCCAGAACCCAGGAUGCAGCCUCCAAGGGUCACCCAAAAGUUGCAGCCCCAGGCCUCCUGGCUCUGGCCGGUGGGUCUUACCGCCUCAAUGCUGCUCUCACUCCAGGCCACCGCCAUACUAGGCAGAAAACAGCCCAGUCGUCUCUGAAGCCAUCUGUCAGCGCUAAGCCCCGCCAAACAAAGCAGGGAGAGAAGAGGUCGGAGGUCACUAUGGAACCUUACCGCCGGGAGCUGCUCGGCCUGUGGCAGCAGAGUCUGGCCCAGGCCAUGACGGAGGUAGAGGCCAUGUUCAGAAGCAGAAAGAGAGCUGUGCCUAGACAAAUGGCAGCGGCUGGAGGGGGAGGCAGGAGGCCCCAAGAAGAAGCUGCUGCUCCAGGUUCCCAUGGCCGAGGAGCAGGACCACUUCCAGGACCUGCGCUCUUCACUGAAGAAAAUGCAGGUUCGCCUGCUGCCCGCUCUUUAACUGAAGGCUACUAUCUGGCUGCCACAGUCCGCAAAGGACACGGCACCCCUGAGAGACCUGAGGAAGACGAGGGAAAACAGACAACUUGAAUUCAUGACAGACUUCAAUCUAGGAACAAGGCCUCCUCAAAAAAGCCACCUCCUUGUAGCUGAGAACUCAACAGUCAGAUGUCACCCACCCCCAGAGCAGAGGGUCCUCUCUCAGUCAGUGCUGAAGCUGACUCUGUGUCACCCAUGAGAGUUGCUGGAGAGAGCGCCCUGCAGUGAGGAUGACCUCCAUCUCUCAUGGCAGUCACUUGACCGUCAAUAUU